CAACCAGCUCCUGAUUGGGUGCAGCCCAGUCCAGGCAUAAAAACACUGGCUAAAAGCAACACUUUCGUUGUUUUUUGGUAGGUGAACCAGCUCUUAGUUACUUGUAAUACAUUCUCUUCGAAGUUUCCAUGGAGAAAAUACCACUUGUUUUUCCUCCUACGGCUAUUCUAUACAGACUUGUCACUUUUGUUAUGGUCGUUCUUGCUCCUUUUCCUUCUUCUGCCGAUCUCUCUUUCAACUUCUAUGCUGCUUCGUGCCCUUCUGCUGAGUUCGUCGUUAGAAACACAGUGAGAUCAGCCACCUCUGUUGACCCAACAAUCCCUGGGAAGCUUCUUCGCCUGGUUUUCCAUGACUGCUUUGUGAACGGCUGUGAUGCAUCUGUGCUGAUACAAGGAAAUGGAACUGAGCGAAGUGAUCCAGCGAACACCUCUCUUGGAGGGUUUUCAGUCAUUGAUUCAGCAAAGAGAGUUCUUGAAAUAUUCUGCCCUGGAACAGUUUCUUGUGCAGAUAUUCUGGCUUUGGCUGCAAGAGAUGCUGUUGAAGCUGCUGGUGGACCAGCAUUUCAGAUUCCCACUGGUAGAAGAGAUGGCAGAGUUUCCACAGCAGCAAGUGUCAGAUCCAACAUUGUAGACACAAGUUUUACCAUGAAUGAAAUUAUUAAAGUCUUUUCCUCCAAAGGGUUGUCCCUCGAUGACCUUGUUGUUCUAUCAGGAGCUCACACAAUCGGAUCAGCUCAUUGCAGCUCGUUCAGUGAUCGGUUUAGGGUGGACUCAAAGGGGAAACGCUCACUCAUUGACGCAUCUCUUGACGGGAGUUAUGCGGAUGUGCUAAUGCAGAAGUGCCCUUUAGGAGCAAGCUCAUCUGUAACAGUUGAUAAUGAUCCUGCGACAUCAUUUAUCUUCGAUAACCAGUACUACCGAAAUCUGAUGGAGCAUAAAGGGCUCCUUCAGUCAGAUUCUGUUCUUUUAACUGAUAAGAGAACAAGAAUAAUGGUGGAGACUUUUGCUAUUGAUCAAGACAGUUUUUUCCAGAGCUGGGGCCUGUCAUUUCUGAAGCUUACUAGCAUUGAAGUGAAGACUGGUGUGGAAGGGGAAAUUAGACAAACUUGUUCACUCAGUAAUGGUUGAAGAAGAUUAAAGAAUCAAAGCAAACUUCAUCCUUAAAAUCUAAUACUUGUUAGAAUUGACUGUCACUUUGUUAAUAAGGUAUUAUGUUGAUGUAUAUAAUCAUGAUGCCCAAUUAGUAGAGGGGCUCCGUUCCCCAAUGAUCGGGUUUUUUUCAGCAUUUUCUUAAGGAAUGAGAAUGUUAGUGGAUCCAGAUUAGUAAUAAGAGUCCUAAAAAAGUUUGACUUAUGGAUGAUAAUCCAUAUAAA